AUGGACGACCAAGACCUAGCCGCGGAAAUCGACCCCGAGAUGGCCGCCUUCAUGGGCUUCGCCUCCUUCGGCACCCAGCCCGCCGCCAAGAAGCGCAAAUACAACCACCGCACCGAUGCCCUCUCCUCCGCCUCAGGCCCCGCGGGCCACCACCCCGUCGCCGCCGCCACGGGCGCCAACCAGACCGCCCUCGCGGCCCGCACGCCUCGCGCCCCGAUGACCGAUGCGCCACCAGCCAACACCGACGAGAUAGCCCUUGACGAUGACGACGGCGCCGACAACGCCGAUGCCGACGCUGCAGCAGGAGGCGAGGACCAAGACCAAGACCAAGAUCCCGACGAGGGCGGUACGAACAUCUACUCCGACCCGACCAUCGCGCCGGCCCUUGCCCACGCACAGAGCCUCAUCGACGAGCUCUCAACCAGCGGUGGCGUUCCCUCCAGCGCGUCAGAAGACACCUCUGCCUCGCAGGCACAGGGCCCUGCCCUCCUCCCCGCCUCCGCAGCAUUGCCCAGGCGUCCCGAAGUGUCGUGGGGCAAGGAGAUGGGAUCCGCGCCGACGACCAUGCCGACGAGGGAGCGGAACGCCGAGGCUGCUGCCGGUCACCCGCCCCGUGGUGGCCGUCAGGGCUACCAGCAGCAGAGGAGCGAUGGGAAGCCUUGGUGGGAGGGGUACUACGACCAUGCGUCGAACGAGAACCCGUGGGAGAGGUUGGAGAAGAAGGCCGGUGUUCAGCCAAGGGGGGCUUGGUUGUCCAGGGGCCAGACGCAGACGGUAUGA